AUGGCAGCAGGGUAUGCGUCUGGAGGAGAGUGUUGUUUGAUGAUAGCAUUGGUCAGUGUUGUUGAGAUGGAGGAGAAGUUGGACAUCAUGUUUCAUCAUGGGGGUGACUUCAAAAAAAAUGCAGAAGGAAUUAUGAUAUAUUCUCUGGACAAUAAGGCCUGUUUAGGUGAUUUAGACACUGAUACUCUGGAUGUGUUCUACAUACGGAACUACCAUAGGGAGCUUGGGUACAAUGACAUUAAACAGUGCUGGUGGCAUGUUCCUGGAAAAUGUUUGGAGAAGGGGUUGAGAAAUGUAAACAGUGACAAAGAGAUAAGAGAGAUGGUGAAUUGUGCUAGGACAAAUGAGGGAUUGAUUGAUAUAUAUUUCGAGCAUACAGUGUCAGUACCGGAGGUGUUAGAGGGAGAUAACAAAGUUGUGUACUUGGAUGAUCAUGGUGGAGAGGGAUGUAAUGCAGUCCCAAAAAAAAACAGAACAUCUCCACGGCAAUCACAACCAUCACACUCCAAAACUGCCAAUCCUUCCAAGACAACCAAACCUGUGAAGAAGAACAACUCCCCAAAAGUCACCAAGCCCACUAAACCCACCAAGCCCACCAAGCUCACGAAGCCCACCCAGCUCACCAAGCCCACCAAAAUCAGCCAGCCCACGAAAUCCAGUCAGAACACCAAAUCAGAUAGGAGCAAGAAGCAGAAACUGUCCAAGAGACCAAGUAUUUCCAGGAGACCCUGCACACGGUCUGCUGCUAGAGGAUUUACUAGCAAAGUGUUUAACAAUGAAGUUCCCUUUGAUGUGUCUUCUGAUUCCUCUGAUAGUGAAGAAGAUAGCAUGUUCAAGCCAGGUCCGGAUGAGGGUAGUUCCUCUGAAUCUGAGGCUACAGGGAAUGAUCCUAAAACUGGGAGUAGGAUUAGGAGAAACAUGAUACAUGCUACGGUGGGUAAGAGAAAUAUUAGUCCACUAGGUAAAGGGAAGGAGAAGAUAUUACAUGAAGACGAUGGUUUGGUGGAGGAGGUGAGCGACGCUGAGGUUGACCUUGGGUUUGUGGGUUGUGUUCAUGAAGGGGUAGAGGAUGGCCUAGACCCAGGUGUUGACUCAGAUGGCACCAAUUCUUGGCACUCGGAGGAGAUGAAGACGCCUCCAAACUCAGAAGAUGAGCUGGAGGAAGGAAAUGAAUCUGAAGAGGCAAGUCCGCUGUUUAGGGAGGGUGCAAGGUUUGGAGAGCUGCACCUUGAGGUAGGCAUGAAGUUCGGAACUAAAUGGGAAUUUAGAGAAGCUGUGAGAGAAUAUACAAUCCAAGAGGGAAGGAGCAUAAAGAUAGUGAAAAAUGAUAACAUUAGGUGCAGGGCGGUGUGUAAGGUGAAAGAGUGCCCAUGGGUGGCUUAUGCAUCAAGAGACCAUGAAGACACAUGUUGGCAAAUUAAGACAUUCAAUGAUGACCACACUUGCCCAAGAGAGGACAAGAAUAGGGCUGCCAACAGGAAUUGGGUAUGCAGCAAGCUUGUGAAGAAGGUGAGAAAGUAUCCAAAUUUUAGACACUGCGAGGCUACAACUUACUUCAAGACACGGUUUGACUUGACUCUGAAUAAAAACUCAAUAUCCAGGGCAUUAAUGGAUGCAAGAAGUGUAGUGUAUGGGGAUGAGAAAGAACAAUAUAGGAUGGUUAGGGAUUAUGGUAUGACGCUGUUGAAGACUAAUCCCGGUUCUAGUGUACAAAUAUGCACCACCCCCCAACCAGAUGGUGAAGUUACCUUUGAUAGAAUGUAUAUAUGCUUAAGUGGCUGCAAAAACGGGUUCAAGGCUGGUUGCCGUCCUUUGAUAGGUUUGGAUGGUGCUUUCCUGAAGACCCGGUUUGGUGGACAGAUUUUGUCAGCCGUGGGAUUAGAUGCUAAUCAUCAUAUCUAUGUCAUAGCCUGGGCUAUUGUCAGAGUGGAGAAUACAGAGACAUGAAAAUGGUUUCUCGAGCUACUUCAUCAGGACUUGGGUCAUUAUAAAGAGCAUGACUGGUGCUUUAUAUCGGAUAUGCAAAAGGGACUGAUAUCAGCAGUGAAAGCGGUGAUGCCUGAUGUGCAUCACCGUUUCUGCGUCUGGCAUUUAUGGAAAAAUUUCAACAAGAACUGGAAGGACUUACAACUAAGGGGACUUCUGUGGGAAUGUGCAAGGGCAACAACAUACCAAGAAUUCAGGGAUGGAAUGGAGAAGAUCAAAAGGUUAAAUGAGGAUGCUUGGGCAUACUU